CGCAUACUGUCAUUCGUUUAAAGUCAAACCCCUUUAACAAACAAUGUCCAUUUUCCGGCAGCUUAAACUUGCAACCAGCAGAAAUCGUUUGCUAUCAACGAAGCUAAUCGCUCCCAGCCGUGAAACCAAUGGAAAAGUCGAAAACCUUGCGGCUCCGUCAAUUAACACAAGCAUCCACAAUGCGAUCAACGAGCAAAUUAACGUUGAAUUGGCCGCCGGCUAUACUUAUCUCUCUAUAAGCUACCACUUUUCGAAAUCGACCGUCGGUUUGAUGGGACUCUCCGAUCUCUACCGCGUCAUGUCCAAGGAGGAGCUGGAUCACGCCGACAGCCUGGCUCACUAUGUCCUCAAACGCAACGGUUCCGUAGACCUCGGUUCAAUCAGAAAACCACCCAGUUGCAGUUGGUCCAACAUUGGUACAACGCUGAACGAAACGCUUCGGCUGGAGAACUGCGUAUCCGAGUCGCUGUCCACUCUAUACCGAUUGGCCGAAAAGCACAACGACCCUGUUACGACCGACUUUAUCGCUACGGAGUUCCUCAAGGAGCAAAUAGAGUCGAUUCGCAGCAUUAAUCUUCUGGUGGCAAGGUGGACAAGCCUAGAAAAAGCACCCAACGGAGUCUACCUAUUGGAUAGGGAACUGCGAAAGAAAACCAAUUAAGGGUAUGGUUUCU